GUAUCUCCGGCGCUUCGCUCGACUUGAGUUGUUGCAAAAUCCUGGGUCGAUCGCUGCCGUUCCGCCAUGUCUUUCAGCCCGCAAGAGUUUCCACUUCGCAUCCAGUCAGAGAAGUCCGAGGGCAGCGCAUCCAGACGAGUCGUCCAAAGUUUUGGGAGUCAAAAGAGCAGUGGCCGCCUGGCCUCCACCAACUCAGCCAAGAGGAAGAGUGUGGCGGUGAACAGCAAUUUCAUCAAAGCGAAGACCAAGGGCUUUGAGGGUGACAGUGGUGGCGACUGGAGGAGCAAGAUAGUCAUUUGUGCCAGUCGGAUGACCACCAGUAGUUAUUUCAUCAAUUUCAUGGCCCUGGUGGUCCUCGUGGAUGCUUAUUGCACCUGUUGGGACAUCGACGCCCGCGCUGCAGAGCUUACCCCGGAUCGAGAGGUUUAUGGGCAGGGAAUUGCUCAGCAAAUCUCAGAUGUUUGCUUGAUGUUCUACACGCUUGAGCUCUCUCUGGCCUUGAUCGCCUCUGGCUGGGUCCUCCUGAGAGACUGGGCAGUGGCCUUGGAUUUAAUUAUCGUUUGCUGCGGAUAUGCAGAGAUGCUGAUCUACUUGAUCGGCGGGCGCGAGGUGCUGUUCUCCUUUGGCUUCGUGCGCAUUUUGCGGCUCAUCCGGAUCUUCCGCCUCACGCGGCUGCUGCGGAAGACCAGGGCCUUGCGUGAGCUGCAGAAGUUGGUGCGGAUGAUGGCCACAUGCUUGAAGGCGCUGGUCUGGUCCUUCGUCUUUUGCUUCAUGAUCAUGACUGUUUGGGCCAUGCUGCUGGUAGAAUGGGUCCAUCCCUGUGUGAAUGAGCUGUACAUGAAGGGCGUCUUUGACGAGUGCGGCUUGUCCUGUUUGAUUGCCACCAGCUCGGUGAUGGAAGCGAACCUGUUGCUCUUCAAGACGGUCAUUGCCGGCGACUCCUGGGGACUCAUCGCCGUCCCAGUCAUUCAGGAGUUCCCGGCCACGGCGAUCCUCUUCUGCGGCUCCUUGUUGACCUUGGUCUUCGGUGUUUUAAACCUCAUCGUCGCCGUGGUGGUGGACAAUUUUGCGGAGGCUCGUCAGCGUGACGUGCUCAAUUUGGCUGAGGAAAUGGAAGAUAGUCUGAACAAAGACACCAAAUUUUUAGAGGCGAUCUUCCAGAGGAUCGACGAAGAUGGCAGCGGGCAGGUGACGUUCGAAGAGCUGGUGGAGGGAGCGCGGAAGGACAAGGAGUUCCAGAGCAGGCUGCGCGUCAUGGAUAUUGACGAAGCUGACUUGCAACAACUGUUCGAGAUGAUCGAUAGCACGGAGGAAGGCAGCAUCGAUUUAUCCCAAUUUAUCGCUCCAAUGACGCGCUGGGUGCACGAUUCCAAGACGGCCCCACGCUUCAUCAAGUACAACAUGAUGCGGACGUUACAUCAGCAAGAGGAGCUCCUCAACAUGUGCGAGGCGCUCUCCAUGCGGAUCGACAACAUCGCUGAUCACAUGGGAGUGCUGCCUCCUGAAGAGGACCUCCUGGCCUCGUUUCAGGUCUCGUCCUCCAAGCGCAACCCGCGCUGGGGAAAACCACGCAGUUCCAGCCCAUCGAUCAGCCCACAGAGAAGUUGGAAUAUGACCCCCUUCAGUCCUCCAAGUUGGCAGGGCAACGUCCAUAGUAACGUCGGCUCCACCGUGGCCAUACGACUUCAAGAAGAACUGGGCCUGGCCGGUGACGACGAGGCGCGAGCUUCGGGUGAAGAGGUCGAGCAACCACAUCGCUCCACGCCCAUGGUGCUCUCGGCGGCGCCCGCGCUCGCCGCCGCGGAGCCCCUCUCGCCACCAGCCGCUCUCCAAGUGGAGCGAGUGGAGUUGGAGCGGGCGGAGACGACAGAGGUGACGGUGCAGGCAGAGGCAGCCAUGUCCAAGUCCAGCAGUCCACAGGCGCCGACCACACAGGAGUCCUCGGCGUUGAAGUCGGCGAUGCUGAGCUUGGAGUCCUUGGUGGUGGAUGCCACCCGGGGAGCCUUGAGAAGCUCCUUGAGGGCGGUGGAGACGGCCUUGCAGGAACGGUGGAGUACUGAAACCGGACGGAGUCGACAAGAGGAAAUGAAUCUCACGCGUAUCCUGGAGAGACGCCAGAGGCGCAACUCCUCCAACGGACACCGCGCGGAGCGGCGCAAAGACUCCAAAGAUGUGGGGAUCUUCUCCAGGUUUGAUGGGAAGACUUCGAUGGAUACCAGCGGUGAACGCCCAGAGUCAUUCGGGUCCUUUGAGCAAAGGAGGCAGUUGUCUCCAAGUCCCUUUGCAGGGAGACAAGCCUCGCAGGAGUUCCGGUACCGGCGGAACUCCACGACCGGCACCAACAACUCGGACUUCAAGGAGACACCACCCAACUGGCGCAGUCGGCGCAACUCCACCGAAACCACGCACACGGGGGAGCUUCCAAAAAGGCUCUCACGCAGCUCGGGCGACCGGAACGAGCCCCGGCCGCUGAUCGGUGGAUUUAGUCCACCGGGCACUGCCAGCAUGCAGCUCCAAAGGUCCAGAGGCUCGAAUGAGCGAUCGGGCUUCAGCCCCACGGCACGUCCAGGUUUGCUCCCUACCGUCGAAUCACCAAGCACUAUGCUGCCGGAUUCGUUUUGAGAUGAUUCGUGGGGGACGUUGCGUCAGCCUCAUCCAAUCUGGAAGAAGUACGUCUCACCCAGGCACGUGGCCGGUGGAAGAUCUGUAAACACAGACUGGGGCGAAGGUUGGAGCAAUGGGUGAUGUUGAUUGCUGUGAUUUGUUUGGUCU